AGGACUGCAAAACUACCAGUGAAGGACAGCCAAGCUAUUUAUCCCAAUAGUACAGGUCUUCAUCCCCGUAUCAAAGCCACUACGACAAAUUGUAAGCGGGUGACUCGUCCACCUUGAGACCGGCAGUGACGGUAGUGACGCCAUCAUCAGCUGACUUGCUGUUUUUAAAAACAGACCUUAAUGACCGAGUGCACCCCAUCUGCCGACACUUGCCUUCUCUUAGCAUAUAAUCAUAAUUCCACGAUAGGUUUACCUAAUAGCAUUGUAGGCCACAAGUUGGCCGCCGGAGGACCUCGCAUGUGAUGUGACCCUGUGGGGGAUAUAACUCACACUAGCUCAGGGAGCCCGGCCGCGCGAUACAACACCGUAUGCAGGCCUGUGCACAGCAUGCCACCGAGAACCGAGGGAGACGAAUGUUAUCGGAGAGGCCCAUUAAUGGGUCAGCCUUAUCAGGAGAUGGAGUUCGGCCUCCCUCUGAUAUGUUGUCAUGGCCACCCAACGACGCUGGACAACAUGCCGCAGAGGAGCCUGGUCGCGUUUGUCACAUUCAUGAUGCGCUGUGCGCUGUGCCUGGACGAGGCCGUGUUGCGGGUCGCUCGACAUUUCGUCCGCAAGGCGCUGGACGAACGCCACGCGCACAGCUUAUCCAGCGACACGUUAGAAAAGUGUACGCCGGAGCAGCUGCGGCAGCUGGUGCGCUGCUGCUACCGUGCGUCCAGUUGCCAGCUGCUGGUGUCGCUGUCCGCCACGUUGGAGCGCCAAUAUCAGCGCGGCCAGCUGCGUCUGCGCUCCAACGGUGACGGCACGAGCUCGCUCUGCGAGCGCGCCACCGGCCGGCCUGUCGUCACGUGCCGCGACGAUGACCUAGUGCGUGGCCUGGGGCCGGCUCGGCCGCGCCUGGACGCGCACUGUAUGUCAGUAGUUGCGAGCUGA